CCCCGGCGUCCGCUUCGCCGGUCUUGAGGCGGCCUCAGGGCCCGGGGACGACGGCUGCGGGGAGGCGGGCCGGGGGAGGAAGGAGGCGGCGGACCUCAUCCCGUUCUCGGGGGCGCCUGGGCCGGGUGGCGGCCUGCGGCCAUGGACGACAGCAAGGUGGUAGGUGGCAAAGUGAAGAAGCCAGGCAAGCGAGGCCGGAAGCCGGCCAAAAUUGACCUGAAAGCCAAGCUGGAGAGGAGCCGGCAGAGUGCCCGGGAGUGCCGUGCCCGGAAGAAGCUCCGCUACCAGUACCUGGAGGAAUUGGUGUCCAGCCGAGAGCGGGCCAUCUGUGCCCUCCGAGAGGAGCUGGACAUGUACAAGCAGUGGUGCGUGGCCAUGGACCAAGGCAAGAUCCCUUCUGAGAUCAAGGCCCUGCUCACUGCGGAAGAGCAGAGCAAAUCUCAGCAGAGCACCAGCAGGCUCGGCAAGACCGGCAAGGCAGACGCCGCCAGCAAUUCCUGGUGAAGGUCUGUGAGGAGCUCUGAUUGCCACGAAGGGCGCCCUGGCCCCCCGACUCUGAGAGUCUGUGGCAUCUGCCAGUUGUGCAAGCGAGUGUGGAUCGCAGAUCAGAGCGUGGAGUUUCUGCCCUAACCCCACCAUGCCUGCCACGUUCAAGUGUGGCGAUGCUCGAAAACCGGGAAUAGAAAACGGGUGAAGACUGGGUCUUGGUACCUGAACUCCACAUGGCUUCUUUGGUUAAUUGAUGUUCUUUCCAUGUAAUCGGGUGUAUGGACGCAGUGCAUGCAUGUGUGUGUGCAUGCGUGUGUUUGCUUGUGUUUGGGUGUCACCUCCUCUCAUUUUGGUCACCCCACAAGGAGAAACCAAAUGGGCUGACAGGUGCUGGGUCUUUAUACUGACUUGAGUCAAGUGUAUUUCUGGCUCCAUCCAUGAUUGCUCAGCCCUUCCAGCAUAAGCGUUCGUGAACUACCAUCUCUGUUGUUAAAUCCACACCUGUGCCAAUAAUGUACAUGUCAGCCAAACCCACUGUGGAGGCCCCGUGGCAGCUCCCACGAACCCCACCACGAGGCCCUGUGGCAGCCCGUCUGGGCCGCUGCUGUCUUCCCAGCUGUAUUUACACUUUUGCUGUGGCCAAGUGGACACGUGGAGAGUAGUCACAUUCGAUUUUUAACCAGAGCAGCCACCAGUCACCCGUGUGUGUGUAUGUAUGUGUCUGUCUGUCUGUUUGGAGGACUGGCCUGUUUGUGUUCCCAGUUCAUUCAACUUUGUGAAGAAGAUGGGGAAACGGAUGUUGACACCAAGUCUGGGCCUCCCUCUCUGGGGCAGAGCCAGGGUGUAGGGCUGGCAAACACCAGGACUCGGCCUCCUCCUGGCCCGAGUGUCCUCCUAGGUGUGUCUCAGUCUGGGUCCUGUGGUCCAGAGGAGGAGGAG